AUGGCCUUGGUGCGGAAGCCCAAUGGUGUCAUUAUCGCAACGGGCGGCGGAGGCCACUCAGCCCUUUGCCCGAAGCUCGCCGAGGAUGUCCGCCGUGUGAUCGAUGGUUUGCACGCCACUGCGCACAUCGGCAAGUUGUGCAAGAGAUGCGACGUCGCGUGCGGGGGUAUGCUGAGGUACACUCCGCAAAUGCGAGAGAGCCUCUGCCGCGAGGCCAAAGUCAGCCCGACGGCCGUCACGCUUGGUAUCGGCGAUGGAGGCAACGAGGUCGGCAUGGGCGCGGUGGUGGCAAUCCCAGGCGUCCCUCAACUUUCUCCGGGAGACGAGUUCGCGGCACUCUCCGCGAAUGGGUGCUACCGCACCUGCGAUCACCUGUUGCUGGGCACUGUGAGCAACUGGGCAGGUUCUGCCUUCGAAGCUGCCGCCAGCGUCCUCUACCCGCUGCCGGCCAAGAAGGACUACAUGGUGAACCUCAACGGAGGCCGCUUGAGGCCUGGCGAUCUCGAGGAGCUUCUGCUUCGGGACAUCAUGGCCUCUCCCACCUUUGCAGUCGACGGCAAGUAUAACGACCGGCUGCAGUCCGUGGACGGAAUGUCUUUCGACCCCUACCACCGGGACUUCCACCUAUACCUCUGGGAGCUCGUCUCGCAGACACAGGAGGUGCGAGGCUCCCUUCAGCCCCUACACGAGACGGAAGAUGGCAUCUUCGCCCAAGUGCAGAAGAAGGUGGCAGCCAUGCCCUUCCACAAGAACUGGGCACACUUGAAGAAACCUCCAGAGCGACUCUGGAUUGAGGUUGGGAUGAAUAACUGGGAUCUGUCGAUUCACUACGGGGACUUCGAAGCUUGGAGGGGCAUGGUCUUUCCCUUCGCCGUGGGCUGCGAGGGCAUGGCCGAGUUUCGCGUUACCGAGGAGGACGCGUGCAGUACACUGCUGGACCUGGCCCAGUCCACCCUUCCCGAGGACUACCAGCAUCCCUUGCUCCCGAACUUUAAGGCGGACUGCGCCACGGCGAAGGAGACGCGGAAAGUUCCCUGCAUCUCGCUGGAGCACGUCCUCCGCCACUGGCUGGAAGGGCGGGAAGUCUGGUUUCUGAAGGUGGAUGCAGAGGGGUCCGACCUGAAAGUGGUCCAGUCGGCCGGAGACAUGCUGCGAAAGAUCCGGCAUGUCCAGGUGGAGGUGCAGGCAGCCUGCGCAAGCUCGGCUCCCCAGUUCGUCAACGCCCCAAACUGCACAGCCAUGGUGCGCUUCAUGCACCCCCGGCCUGGAAUUGAGGUUUCGGAGACUCCAAUGUAG